AUGUCAUCCUUACCGCUAUAUGAACCACAGUAUUUUGGACAAGAACCAAUAGGAACCAAAAACGAUGGUGAUAUGCCGAUUGUUUAUGUCGGGAGACAGAAUGAAGAAGAACCAGUAAGGAUAGAAAAUUAUGACAAUUUAUCAAUUAAUGUUCACUUCAGGAGACCGAAUGAAGAAGUUGAAAAUAUGAGAGAAAUCAUUGUCUGCGUCACAUGUUUGAACGAGGAAUCAAAUGUGGUAUUACGGCCAUGUAACCAUACAUGUUUAUGUGGUGCAUGCUAUGAAGGGUUAACUAGAUUGGUUUGCCCACUAUGCCGAGAACCUAUAAGAGAGAUUGUUGUAUUUUUAAUUAACAUUAGUUGA